GAUAUUUUCGGUGUACCCUUUCAUUUCAUUCCUUUUCACGUGAACCGCUCCAUGUGAGCACGGAUUUUAUGGUAUUUGGUAAAAAAAAAUCACUGUUUGUAUCCGAUCAUUCUAGUUAACAAUACCAUGGAUAUUAUUGAAGAUGACGUGCAGUUAGGUGAGACGUCUGAGCAGGACAGCGAAUUAUCUGACGGAGAGCUUCAAGAUGCAUUCGCAAAGGGAUUGUUAAAGCCUGGGUUGAACUUUACAACACAAGAACCGAAGAAGAUUGUCAACAAUGUGGAGGGUUUGAAACAAUGCCUCGCCGACUUUCGUAAGAACACACUACCCUGGAUAGAGAGGCUGGACAUGGUCAAUCUCCCCGCUGAUGACAUCGUUGCCAAGUCCGAGGGCAGACUCGACAACAAGGCCAGCGAAGACAUCAACCCAGAUGACGACUUCCAGAGAGAGAUGUUCUUUUACCGUCAAGCCCAAGAAGCUGUUCUGGAAGCGAUGCCCCGGCUACUGAAGCUGAAGAUAGCCACCAAGAGACCUGAGGACUACUUUGCAGAGAUGGCCAAGUCAGACCAGCAAAUGCAGAAGAUCAGGAAGAAACUCAUCACGAAGCAGAUCAUGAUGGAGAAGUCGGAAAAGGCCAAGAAACUAAGAGAACAGAGGAAGUAUGGCAAGAAGGUACAAGUAGAGGUUAUUCAGAAGAGACAGAGGGAGAAGAAGGCCAUGAUGUCUGCAGUGAAGAGGUAUCAAAAAGGCAUGACUGACAAACUGGACUUCCUGGAAGGAGAUCAGAAGACUGCUAAAGGAGGCGCUCCAGCUAAAGGAGGUGCAGGGAAAGGGGCCGGUGGCCAAACACCUGAUAAAAAGGCCAUGAACAAGAAAGGGCCCAAUGCUAAGAGGAAGUAUAAAGACCAGAGAUUUGGCUUUGGCGGGAAGAAAAGUGGAACCAAGUGGAAUACCAAGGACAGCCACAACGAUGUGUCAGGGUUCCGAGCCAAGGUGGCUCAUGGGAAAGGAGGAAAGGGAGGGAAAGGAGGCAAAGCAGGACCAGGCGGAAGGGGCCCCGCCAAAGGAGGGGCUAAACGACUGGGCAAGAAUGCACGCAAGAAGAUGAAGGGUCGCUCCUAAAGAGGUGUGUGUGUGUUGUCUUUGGUCUUUGCCACACUGCAUCCCAACCUCUGGAAGGAGGUAAUAUUAGAGAGAAGUCCUCUCUUUCUCUUCUUGAUCACACACGCCACCCUUCAUGGAGCCCUUGGGGCAGUGGACUGAUGUGAAGGCCUUUUGUGUGAUGAUUUCCCAAGAUGUCCUUCCUAGAGUAUCACCAAGACUACAAGAUGUCCUUCCUAGCGUAUCACCAAGACUACAAGAUGUGGACAUGGCUGUAUGCAAGCUUUAGAAUGUCUCCAUAUGAAAACCAGACAGAGCGGUACCAAACAUGCCAAAUUCAAAUGUUUUUUAAAAUAGUUUAAACCUCUAACAUGAAUAUGGACAUCAACGGUACAAUGCUGUUUUAUUAUCGGCAGUAAAAUAAAUCCAUGUAUCUUUUAAAGGAGAUCUUUAUACUUUGUUUUAAGGCGUCUACGUUUGUGAAACUAUUUGCUGAAAGUGAAAACAAUGAUGAAGCCACUUCCACAAAUGUAUGUCAUCUAGUUUGAGUAAAUACUUGAUAGGUUUUUGUAAAAUGCCCACUUUGCAAGUCUGCUUAUUGACCCUCUGAUUCACUACUUUAGGGAUGUGACAUUUUCUAAUAUUGAACAGCUGUCGUGUUUGGCCUUUUCCAUGUAUCAAUAUUAUUAAUGUGUAGUGGGCCAAUGUAUUACUUUCUAUAGAUCUGGGUAAAUGUUUCUUCUGCAAACGGGUUGCCGGUAUGACAAUAGUGGGUACAUUUUGGGCAAGAAUAACCACUUCUCCAGCCUGAGUGCCAGUCUGUGCUAUUAUACCAACUAAUUUCAUGCUGAGUUUUGCUUGACAAUGACUGAUGGAGAUGGCAAGAGCACAAACAGGGACCAGGCUACACCUGCAUCUGUUUAACUUGAAUGAAUGAUUAGUAUGCUGCUUCACGUUUCUCUUGUGUGGUGGUUGUUAUAAACUGGGUGUUUCAAGCCUUGGAUGCUGAUUGACUGAAAGCCGUGGUAUACGGUCUGAUAUACCAUGGGUGUGACUAUUUAUUUUCACUCUUCUAAUUAUGUUGGUAACCAGUUUAUAAUAACAUUAAGGCACCUUGGGGGUUUGUGGUACAUGGUCAAUAUAUCAUGGCUACAGGUUGUAUCCAGGCACCCUGAGUUGCACACAAGAACAGCCCUUAGCUGUGGUAUAUUGUCCAUAUACCACACCCCCCUGGGCCUUAUUGCUUAAUUACAGGAGGUCUGCCUGCAACCAGUUGCAUUGUAUUUCCUUUGGACAGUAAAGUAUUAUUCUUCGUA